AUACCUGUAAAAUCAAUUUAACGUUCAGUGCAGCGUGUAAAGACAGCUCUAAGAAUUUAAAAGACGCCUGAGUCAGAACAUUUAAAUGCUUGGGUCCCUGUAGCAGCGUUUUAACACGUCUGAGUGCAGAGGGUGGAGAAUCAAGCCUGAUCGCCGCCUUCGUUCACGCCCUGUAACAUUUUAAAAGGUUCCACACAUUAAGAAUCUCGAGAAAAUCAGAUGGCAUCCGGGGAUUUCUGCUUACCCGGAGAAGGGAUGGAAAUACUCCAACAAGUGUGCAGCAAACAGCUUCCUCCUUGUAACCUGAGUGAAGAGGACCUGUUACGGAACCCACACUUCGGCAAACUGCUGCUGGGUCUGUCACAGCACAUGGAUGAGAGUGGCUUAAGCCUCACCCUGGCAAAGGAGCAGGCGCAGGCAUGGAAGGAAGUUCGACUCCAUAAGACAAUAUGGCUGAGGUCUGAGAUUUUACAGAGAGUCAUUCAAGAGCUGCUUGUGGACUACUAUGUAAAGACACAAGACACAAAUUUAACUUUGGACGACAAAAAGUUUCACGAGACCCUUGAACAGCGGCUACUCGUGACUGAACUGACACGACUAUUGGGUCCCAGCCGGGAGAGGGAAAUGCCUCCACUGCUGGGGCUGGAGAAGGCGGACCUUCUGGAGCUCAUGCCCCGCUCAGAGGAUUUUGUGUGGAUGAGAGCUCGGCUCCCACUGGAAGUGGAGGAGCAGCUCAAAAAGAAAUGUUUCACCCUACUCUGCUACCAUGACCCCAAUUCAGAUUCAGACAGUGAAACCUUGAAGGCAGCAAAGGUGUGGAAACUGGCAGAGGUCCUAGUGGGUGAGAAGCAGCAAUGCCAGGAUGCCAAGAGCCAGCAGAAGGAGCAGAUGGUGCUGCUUGAGAAAAAGAGUGCUACCUAUUCCCAGGUGCUUCUGCGCUGCCUUGCCUUGCUGCAGAGGCUCCUUCAGGAGCACCGGCUGAAGACUCAGUCUGAGCUGGACCGCAUCAAUGCCCAGUACCUAGAGAUCAAGUGCAGUGCCAUGAUCCUUAAGCUGAGGAUGGAGGAGCUAAAGAUCUUGUCCGACACUUACACUGCUGAGAAAGUUGAAGUUCAUCGUCUCAUUAGGGACCGUUUGGAGGGGGCCAUUCGCCUACAAGAGCAGGACAUGGAGAAGUCCCGACAGGUCCUGAGCACCUAUGAGGUCCUUGGGGAGGAGUUUGACAGGCUGGUAAAAGAGUACACUUGCCUCAAGCAGGCAACUGAGAACAAGCGCUGGGCCCUCCGGGAGUUUAACAAGGCCUGCCGCUGACCGCUACCUCGCCGGGGUCCAGAGGUGGACUUCCACAUGGGUGCGGCCUCCCCCUCCUUCUGCUUGAAAGGACCACCUCUACCUCAGGCCCACUUUUACUCCGGGAGUGUGGGGACGCUUACUUGAAACACUGCAGUGGGCUAGACACCAUCCUGGUUUUUCUUCCUCGUUUAUAGUGACUGAGUCUCUUCUGGGAAAUGGAGCAGAUUUAUAUAAUUCUGUGUGCAACUAUUUGUCAGUGUCGGCCCUGUGUUAUAUUUGAUUAUCUCCUGAAUAAAGUGAUGAUGCUUCCUUCAGGCACA